AUGCGCGGCGGCUUGGAGGCGCAGGCAGGAAAUCUUCAAAAAAUGCUUCUUCGCUGGGUCGGCUUUCCGCUACUUCUCCUGCUUUUGAUCUCCGAGCCCUCCGCCGGGUUCUUCAGCUGGCUGAUCCACAGAGCAGCCCCAGAGCACCGCCCGGCUCCCGCCCCAGAAAAACUCCCUCCCGUUCCUUUUGAGAUGACCACGGGUGAUGAGAGGUUCGUAGCUGAGACUCGGCACUUGGAGCUGACGCCUCUGGACUCAUGUCACUACCAGGUUAUUUCACAGCUUCAGUCCUCCUGCACAGAGCUGUCCGAAGAGGAGCUGGCCAAACUGGGCGUGUCCUUGUUCAACUGUCAGGCCAGCGUUGAAGGCCGCCGGACUUACCCGUGCACAAUGGGCAUGUCCCUGGCCGAAUGUACGGCCGGGAUGGACCCGGACACCUGGAACGCCUACCACAUUGUGAGCAACCGCGCCCGUGCCGUCUGCUACACGACCCGCCAGAUGCAGUUCAAGCGCCAGACAGAGCACACGGUGAACGCCCUGGUCUCCACGGCCGUCGGCCAGCUGGAGGCUAUGAAAAUGCUGAAGGACGGCCAGGAGGAGCUGAAGGAGCUGACGUCCGAGUCCCUGCAGAACGUGGUGAGCGGCCAGCAGGAUAUGCUGGCCCGGCAGGCCCGGCUCCAGGGCGGCCAGGACCAGAUGGAGGAGUCCAUCCACAGCAACCUGGACCGGCUGGCUCAGGAGAAGGCGCUGAUUGCCAGCGGUCACCAGCAGGUGGCGCAACUGAUCGAGGGCAUCACCAAGAGGAUGGAAAAUGUAAGCAAGCAUCUAGACAACCAAGAUACGGACCUGCAAGAAGGGCACAAGGCCAUCCUGAAGGACUUGACCCAAGUCCAAGACCGAGCCCAGGAGGUCUACUCCAAACUAGAGACCAAUUUGGGUCUGUUCCUGGCCUAUCAGAACCAAACGGCCGUGUACUAUGAAGAGCUGAUGGGGAAACUGCAGAAGAUGAACCAGAGCCUGGGGCUGGUUCUCUUCGCCAUGGAGCGGAUGCAGAGCAACAUGGAGGGGCGGUUCCAACACCUCCAGAGGUUCAUCAGCUGGGCAGGGCUCAGCCUCAGCUCCAUCUACACCUGCAUCUUACACGGCAGCUACUUCUUGCUGGCUGCCCUCAUCAUGACCUUCCUGCAGAUCCCUGGCCUCCCGCGGGCUGUCCUUCUAGUCCUGGUCGUCGCCAACGCCCUCUCGGAGCUCAACCAUGCCGUCGCCUUGGGAUUUAAGUCGCUCACGGGCCUUUUGGUGGUGGCGGUGACAGGCAACUGGCUCUUGGAAAAGGUCUGCCGCUGUGCCCUGCGAGGGAAGCUACAGAAAGUUGGACUUGCGUUCUUACCCCGGAGAGUGCUAGAACCCCUCACAACACGAGUGGAGCUGAAAGGUGCCAGCAGCAGUCGGAUCACCUCUACUCCAGACAGAGACUGUGAUGUUGACCUCUUGAGAGAAGAACUGGAGAAGCUAGAUGAGAUGAGCUGCCUGUCAGGAAGCGUGGGUCUCCUCUGCCCCCCCCCUCUUCCCAUUGCCAAUGGCCCGUGCUUCAUCUUACAGGUCAAGACCACGCGGGAAGAGACUCCUCAGUGCCUGGAGAAGACUUCCUUCCAGACAGGGGCUCUAUCCAGCUGUUCCACGUCUCCACGGACGCUCUGCCAGGGACUCACCAAGGCUGGGCAGCAGUGUAGGAAAAGGCCGCUCCUCGGCCAUGUCUUCUGUCGAGUUCACGUCUCUAGCCAGGCCUCUUACACCUCCUGA